AUGGUCAUUUCAUUGAUUGUUCUUAUCGUUAUUAUUUAUCGUCUGUAUCAUAAUAAAUUAUAUCGACGUCACAUUGAUGUGCGAUUGCCAUCAUCAGCUUUCGAUGAUCAAAUUUCAUUAAUACUUCUUGGUAACACCUAUCUAGUUUUUUUUAUCUAUCAUAUAGCAUGGAUUUCGAUAACUAUGCGUACAUUUCUUGGAGAUUUUUCUCUUUUGAAAGAUAUCAUAUAUCUUGGUGAUUCACCAUUUUGCCGAAUACAAGUUGGUAUUAUAUUUUUCUUAACAAGUCAAAUGUAUCAUAGUUUUUUAUUACAAGCAUUAUAUCGUUACUUUAAAAUUAUUUACAGUUCAAAUCUAACUACAAUAAUCUUUUGUCAAAUGUCAUUAAAUAAUAUUUCGAUUUAUAUUUUAAUGAUUAUUUUCAGUUGGUUAAUAUCAUUUGUUGUUUUGAUUCCAGCAUAUACAACAUUCAAUGUUUUUUCUUAUUUUCCUGAACAAUAUCAUUGCCUUAUAUCUUUUACAAAUCUAAAAGGUUUUAUUUAUGCACUUCUUGUCUGUUAUCUUAUACCAGUAUGUUUCAUAUUAUAUAUUUAUUGUCAACUUAUUAUCUAUAUUCAUCGAUUACCUAGGCAUGGUAUUUUAUUGAGAACAACACGUGAAAUAGCUGUUAUAAAACGUAUUUUGAAGAUUUGUUUGGCAAUGAGUGUUCUCGGUUCUCCCACACUUUUCUUUCUGUUUCAUUUCAUUAUUACCGGUGACAUACAUCCACUUGCUGAUCGAGUUCAUGAACUAGGUGUAUCAAUAAGUGCAAUAGGCUUUACUUUUGGUUUCGCAAUUCUUAAUUCAUUUUCUCGACUUUUACCUCAACUACCAGCUGAUGUGAACAGCAAUAUGAUAAGCUUACAACGUGAUAGACCAACAAUAUAA